GUGUUUGGUGACAAGUUGAAAAAACGAGUGUUCACCUACUUUUUUGUCAAUAUUUAUAUAGCAAAUCCAAAAUUUUAACGACAAGUAGUUUUAAAGUCCGUUGUUGAAUUUAUACAAAGUGUGAGUUGGUGUAAAAGAAAUUGUGGGAAUUUUUUCAUUAUUAGCAGAGCAGCAGUGAACGACGCAGGAUAAAAUUAAAGCAAAGCAUUUACGCAGAAGAUGGUGCGCAGCAUUUUCUCACAACGCUACAAUUACGCAAAAAUCCGCGUCAACGAGGCACUGGAUGAUGUCUUUCGACGCAUUCCGAUUUUUCCGAAAAUUGCCAAGCUACCGAAACUGAAGCGCACCUACUACAUUGCCACGCCGAAGCCGAUGGUCGAGAAGAAGAACAAGACGAAGGCAAAGCAUAAGAAAUCGCUGCCUUCCUCCGAUUGGUAUGACAGUGAUUCGAUACCGAUGACAACGCGCUAUGAACUCGAAAUGAUUUUGGAUACGCCGCUUAUGGAACGUUAUUCCGGCCACAACUCAAAAGGCACAUUCAGCCACGUCUACUGGAAGGCACUUGAUGCGGAUGAGGGGCAAACGCACGCAUCAUUCACACAAACGGGCAAUGGACACAUCAACAAUGCAGAAUCGACAAUGCGUAAAAGUCAAGCCGUCAGUAGCAAAUCACCAUCCAUUGGCCAACCGUUGGCGGCGAACAUAUCGACGACAUCCAGCACAUUGACGACGGUGACAACGUCGGUUGCAACGUAUCAGGCCUCUCUUGGUGGGUACAGUGUGAAAAAGGAGCUGCCCGAACAACCUGCGCAGAAAUAUGUGCAUGAAACGCCCAAAAGUUUGGCAGCUACAAGGGAAUCGCACGACUUUGAAUUCGCAGUGCCCGAGCUGAAUAAGCGGCGCCGCAAUAAACAUCUCGAGAAGAGCUACGAAUGCGAACAGUGCCACAAAAAGUUCGAUCGGCCAUGGGUGUUGCAUGGCCAUAUGCGUCUGCAUACUGGCGAGAAGCCAUUCGUGUGCCCGGUCGAGGCGUGCCAGAAGCGUUUCGCUGAUCGCUCGAAUUUGCGCGCUCAUCAACGCACCAAGGGACAUCACAAUUGGAGUUAUCAGUGCCCGCAGUGUACGAAGGCGUUUAGUCAGGAGAACUACUUGAGUCGCCAUAGUCUGGAGGCUUGUCGUAAAUUUUUAGCAUCACACAGAAAUGGUUGAGAUUCACCGAUACACAACAACAAUUCAUAGAGCAACCUGUUCUUGCCACUGUGUCUUAGCGCGUAGUAUUUUUGUUGUUAUUGUUUUUGUAGUUGUAUUUUUAGAAACAUGAGUUUUUUGUGAAAGCAUCUUAUUUGAAUUGUAUUAUUUUGAAAAUAAA